AUGACCUCGAUCUUUGUCAACCAGGCCGGAGACGGUGGUGGGGGUACACAACUUCAAUUUUACGAGGCUGGCGACGCCUUUUGGAAGGACCCACGAUACAUACCCUUGCUUCUAUCCGGAAUUUUCUCCUUCUCCCAGUUGACGCACGCUGUGUGCAGCCGCUUCAAGUACGGAAGGAGACCAAACGAGGCAGCCGCGUCAACGGAGGAGCGUAGGGGAUUUCUUGCAAGGUGGCGCUGGCACAUUCAUUUACAUGGAGGAUAUGUAAUCUAUGCGUAUAUGGUUGCUCGUUUGGUGGGUUCGGUCGCGUUACUGUAUAUUUUCUUUACUACCGCCAUUGCCGACUGCGAGAAGGCCGCUGGGAACAAUGGGUGGACGUUUUUUCCGUUAUGUGUUCAGACAGCUCUGACCAUUGCACAUGCCUACGCAACCUUAUUAGCCGUAACGACCUUCUCCCUGAAUUUCAGGCCAUUAGCUCCAGCUAGAUUCCAUGUCACCAUUCUCUGUUCCAUUCUUGCAAUAUACGCUUACCGCGAUAUCUGGCCCCUGGCAAACUAUGGCUCAGUUCCAAAAGAUCAAGCGGAAGGGAAUAUCCUCUGGGUUAAGAUUGCGCUUCUUGUCGUCACAGGAGUGAUCAUUCCUUUGUUCAUACCCCAUCCAUAUGUUCCAGUGGACCCUAAGAAUCCUUCUCCUGUUCCCAACCCCGAGCAAACUGCUUCAUGGAUCUCAGCAUUAACAUAUACAUACGCGGACCCUAUUAUCAUUUUGGCAAACAAGGUCGCUCAUCUUCGACACGACCAGUUGCCACCGCUAUCCGAUUACGACUUUGCUCAGUAUCUUUCGGAAAGCGCUGCCAAGCUAUCUGGAAAACCGUCAAUUCGGUACAGAUUCUUCUGUAAAACCCUGGGUCUGGGUCUUAUUCAUGCUCGAGUGCGUCUGCAAGCAGUGUUGACUCAGCUCUUCUUUGAGCACAGUCUGCGCAUCAGGAUGAAAGCUGAAACUUCAAAUGACGGUGUCGAAUCCACACCGACGCCGUCCGAGGCAGGGGAUAAUCGCAGUGUCGUAGGUGGCGAGAGCAUUGCAUCGGGGCCAAAUCAAAGCCGCGAGGAUGCUGAGAGUCAGAUUACGCAGGCUUCGACUGCUGUCGGGACCACCGAAGCGUCGGCUUCUACUGUGCAAGAUAACACGCCUGAGAGUUCUGGACAGGCAAAACCUCAAGCGGAUGAAGGGCCCCCAGUGAAGAAGAGCUCCGGGGAUGCCGAGAAUCUUAUCGGGAAGAUUAACAAUUUGGUGUCCACAAGCGCUUAA